AUGCUUUGUGAAGAUGGUGGCAGCGAAAGGAUGAAAAUUGAAAAGUAUCAGUACCCUUCUUCCAUUUUAUCAUUCUCUCUUUUCUUCUUUCUUUUAUUUCCAUUCCUUUUUGUUUUCUUUCUUUUUUCUAUCCUCCUUUCUUUCUCUCUUUCUUUCUUUCUUUCUUUCUUUCUAUUCCUUCCUUUUUGUUUAUAUUCGUUUUUCUUCUUUCUUUCUUUCUUUCUUUCUUUCUUUUCCUUCCUUUUUGUUUAUAUUCCAUCCUUUUUCUUCUUUCUUUCUUUCUUUCUUUCUUUCUUUCUUUCUUUCUUUCUUUCUUUCUUUCUUUCUAUUCCUUCCUUUUUGUUUAUAUUCCAUCCUUUUUCUUCUUUCUUUCUUUCUUUCUUUCUUUCUUUCUUUCUUUUCCUUCCUUUUUGUUUAUAUUCCAUCCUUUUUCUUCUUUCUUUCUUUCUUUCUUUCUUUCUUUCUUUCUUUUCUUUCUUUCUAUUCCUUCCUUUUGUUUAUAUUCCAUCCUUCUUCUUUCUUUCUUUCUUUCUUUCUUUCUUUCUUUCUAUUCCUUACUUUUUGUUUAUAUUCCAUCCUUUUUCUUCUUUCUUUCUUUCUUUCUUUCUUUCUUUCUAUUCCUUCCUUUUUGUUUAUAUUCCAUCCUUUUUCUUCUUUCUUUCUUUCUUUCUUUCUUUCUUUCUUUCUUUCUUUCUUUCUUUCUUUCUUUCCUUUUUGUUUAUAUUCCAUCCUUUUUCUUCUUUCUUUCUUUCUUUCUUUCUUUCUUUCUUUCUUUCUUUCUUUCUUUCUUUCUUUCUUUCUUUUCCUUCCUUUUUGUUUAUAUUCCAUCCUUUUUCUUCUUUCUUUCUUUCUUUCUUUCUUUCUUUCUUUCUUUCUUUCUUUCUUUCUAUUCCUUCCUUUUUGUUUAUAUUCCAUCCUUCUUCUUUCUUUCUUUCUUUCUUUCUUUCUUUCUUUCUUUCUUUCUUUCCUUCCUUUUUCUUUUUUCUUCUCCUUCCUUUUCUAUCUUGCUUUCUUUCUUUCUUCUCCUUCCUUUUGUUUAUUUUAUCUAUCUAUCUAUCUAUCUAUCUAUCUAUCUAUCUAUCUAUCUCAGUCUGUUCCAAACUAUCUAUCUAUCUAUCUAUCUAUCUAUCUCUGUUCCUAUCUAUCUAUCGAUCAAUCUAUCUCAGUCUGUUCCUAUCUAUCUAUCUAUCUAUCUAUCUUGAUCUGUUUAUAUCCAUUAAUUUCAGUCUUUUCAUAUCUAUCUAUCUCAAAGUUAACAGAUACACUAUCUAUCUAUCUAUCUAUCUAUCUAUCUAUCUAUCUAUCUAUCUAUUUCAAUCUCUUCAUUAUUUAUUUAUCUAUCUCAAUCACUUCAUAUCUAUCUAUCUAUUUACCUAUCUCAACCUCUUCAUUAUCUCUUUCAUUUUUUCAUUAUUUAUCUCAAUCUCUUCAUUAUCUAUCUAUCUAUCUAUCUAUCUAUCUAUCUAUCUGUCUAUCUCAAUCACUUUAUUAUCUAUCUGUCUAUGA